AAACCAAUUUACCAUCACCCAGCAUGCCCAAACGAAAGCGCUCUUCACCCGCUCCCGCGAUCGAGUCGGUUUCCAAAUCAACACCCGCAAAAUGCGCCAAAAUCUGUGAGAAGCGUCUCGCUGAUGCGCAAAAGCCUUUGCUUCAAGCACUGCGCCAUGCCUCUAUGCUCGAGCGCCAGAAGCACAGUCGCAGAAAGAAAUACGCGGUGAACAAGAACGAGACCAAGACCAUUCAUCGCCUGAACUCUGAGUAUGAAACGCUUAAAGCACUCAAUUUGGAACAAGUGGGUGAUCAACAUUUGCGCAAGACGCUGGCAAGGGUCAAGAGCUUGAAGGAUGCCGAGCCAUUGCAGGAAUACAUUGCUGGGAUACGAGAGGGAAACAAGGAUGUGAAUACGCUUAAUGUCACGGCACGGCUUUUCAAGGUCAAGCAGGUGAAGAAUGUGGUGGACCGUGUGGUUGAGGAUCUGAAGGGCGUACUUGGAGUCGCCAAGGGCAAGGAAGAUGCGAAGGAAGAAGUUGGCGGGAAGAAGGUGCAAGAGAAGAAGGCGCCGAAAGAUGAGGAUACUGCAAAGAAGGAGGAUGUUGAUAUGAAGGACGCGAGCGACGAGGGAGAUGAUCCAUACAUGGCAUUCAGCGCACGGAUAGCAGAGCCUUCGUCUGGCGAAGACGAUAGUGAAGCUUCUGUGACGGACGACGAGCGGCCUCCAAGUAUCGUGGACAGCGACAGCGAACACGACCCUGAUACUGAUCUCGAUGCUGACAGUGAGAGCGAAAGUGAAGAGUUGGGUGAGGUUGAGGAGGUCGAUGGCGCGAACGGCGAAUUGCUAUCGAAUGAGGACUCUGAGGAUGAGGACUCCAGGUCCGACUCUGACUCCGACUCAGCCGCCAUACCUACCAAAAAUAUCAAGGCCAAGGCCAUCGAAGAGAAGCCAACAUCCUCUGCGUUCAUCCCCGCCCUCAGCCAUGCCGCCUACUUCUCCGGCUCUGAAUCAGAAGCCUCAGACCUUGACGUGGAUGUCGCCCCACGGAAGAAUCGCCGGGGUCAACGUGCCCGUCAAAAAAUUGCAGAACUCAAAUACGGACAAAAAGCAAAGCAUCUCGAAAAGGCACAGCGCAGUGCCACCUUCGAUCCUAAGCGCGGCGCAGUGAGCGGCACUGACAAGCGUCAAAGACGAGGAAAGCCACUGGGCGGUGGACCGCAGCAGAGUGGAGGUAAUGCAGAGCCUUUGGGCGAGAGAAGCGAUAAAAAGGAUAGGAAGAUUGGUGUUGGCGCGAAGAGGGAUGACAAGGGCGAGCUGCAUCCUUCCUGGCAGGCAGCCAAGAUGGCUAAGGAGAGCAAGAAGCUCAAGAUCGAUCUUAGUGGGGCCAAGCCGGCGGGAAAGAAGGUUGUUUUCGAUUGAGAUACCCAGAGGAGCCCACGCAAAGUCUUCUUUAUCGAGUGGUCAUAGUUAUUCUCGUACCUGGUACAUGAUCUAUGUAGGAUGUGAAGUUUCCUCAUUGAUGACAGCUUUUUCAAUGGUACGAUAAUGAUGGAAGUGGAAUGUUUGACUUUCUCGAAGCCAUUGUGUGGUCAAUGUUCGAUUCCUUAUUGCCUGGAGCUAGGCCUGGCGAUCUUGCUGAGCUUACAGCCGACUGAUCACCUGCCGAAGCCCCGCUCGGUUACGGCUGUUCCCACCUAUUCUAACCUGGGGAAAUGUGCUUGUAGCGCAGGGUAGGUCAUUACCGUCUGCUGGACAAGUGUUUCUUGCCACGUGCAAAGAAGUCUGCAUCCUCAAACCCCAACAGUCAGGAGAAAGGCUCUCGUGGUCCCCCUUUUCUUGGUAAAUGAGCCGCUCGAGCCGAAGAA